CAUACUCUAUACAAGUCUUCUUACAUUCAUUUUUUCUCUCUCUUACAAUAUGAUAGUUGGUGCCCACAAUGACAAAAGUGAAAUGUUUUUGAAUUCCAAUACAGAAUAUGGAGAAUGAAGAAGAAAUUAAAGUUAAUUGAAUAAAAGACGUAGCAGCUAUUGAACAAAAAAAAUGCUCAAACUUCAAGUUUUGUUCUUCUUCUUCUUUAACUUCUGUUUGGCUCUAAAUAUUGCUAUUUCUCGGCCUGCACCAUAUGUAACGCGAAUAAGCUGUGGAGCUCAAAAUGAUGUUCGUAGUGGCCCUACAAGUACCCUCUGGCGUAAAGAUUUCGGAUAUACAGGAGGCAUAACUAAGAAAGCAACCCGCCCAAGUUUCAUAACGCCUCCACUCAGUACAUUACGGUAUUUCCCUCGAUCACAGGGUCCUGAAAAUUGUUACAACAUCAAUAAAGUGCCACGUGGCCGCUACUCAGUGAGGAUCUACUUCGGAUUAGUUGCGGAACAUAGUUUGGAUGACGAACCUCUAUUUGACGUUUCUGUCGAUAGGACCUUGGUUUAUUCUUUGCCGUCCGGUUGGAGUAAUCACGAUGAUGGAGCGUUUGUUGAAACUCUUGUAUUUCUCGAGAAUGGUACUGCCUCGCUUUGCUUCCACAGCACUGGUCACGGAGAUCCAUCUAUACUCGCAAUCGAGAUUCUCCAAGUAGAUGACAAAGCAUACUUUUUUUCCGGUCCUGUAUUUGGUCAACAGACAAUCUUCCGGACUAGCCAAAGACUGAGCUGUGGACAUCAGAAUUCAAAAUUUGACAUUGACUACGACGGGGAUCCUUGGGGCGGGGAUCGGUUCUGGAGUUCAAUUAUGACUUUCGGUCGGAAUUCCGAUAAUCCCAUAUCUACUAAAAGCAUCAUAAAGUCAGCUUCUGUAGCGCCGAAUUUCUAUCCGCAAGCUCUUUACCAAACUGCUCUUGUUAGUACAGACAACGAUCCGGAUUUAACUUACACGAUAGACGUCGAUCCAAACAAAAACUACUCUGUUUGGUUACACUUUGCAGAAAUUGAUCCUUCAAUUACAGGUGUCGGACAGAGGGUUAUUGACAUAUGGAUAAAUGGUGACACGGUGUUUCAUGACGUUGACAUUGUGAGAAUAGCUGGGGGCGUUAACAGCGCUCUUGUACUGAACAAAACCGUUGCGGUCAGUGGAAGAUUUUUAACAAUCACAUUACAUCCAACAACGGGGACUCAUGCCAUUAUUAAUGCCAUUGAGAUUUUUGAGGUUAUAACAGCUGAAUCUAAAACAUUACCAGAGGAAGUAAAGGCUUUGCAGUCACUGAAACUUGCACUUGGACUUCCCCUUCGUCUUGGGUGGAAUGGUGAUCCAUGUUUUCCGCAACAACAUCCAUGGAGUGGAGUAGAUUGUCAGUUUGACAGAACUAGCAAUAAUUGGGUCAUCAAUGGGCUUAGCCUGGACAAUCAAGGUUUACGGGGUUUCGUACCAGAUGAUGUUUCUCAAUUGCGUCAUCUUCAGAGCAUAAAUCUAAGUGGAAACAGCAUUCAUGGACCUAUUCCCUCAGCACUUGGAACAAUAAUUAGUCUGGAGAAACUGGAUCUUUCAUACAAUUCUUUCAACGGAUCGAUUCCUGAGAGCCUUGGGCAGUUGACCUCAGUACUGACACUAAAUCUCAAUGGCAACUUGCUCUCUGGAAAAAUUCCUGCAGCAUUAGGAGGACGGCUCUUGCACAGAGCUAGCUUCAAUUUUACUGAUAAUGCAGGCCUUUGCGGUAUUCCUGGAUUACCAUCAUGUGGACCGCAUCUUACUGUUGGUGCCAAAAUCGGCAUUGGCUUAGGGGCGUGUGUGGCUGUUGUAGUUAUCACCACCUGCAUAACAUGUUGGUGGAAAAGGCGUCAAAAUAUCCUCCGCGCUAAAAGAAUUGCUGCGCGAGAUGCUCCUUAUGCAAAGAAAAGAACACAUUUGAACCAUAUUCAAAUGACAAGACACCAUCACCAUGAUCAUCAUCACGAACAUACCCGGACAGCUGCUGAGAAUGGACCUCCUUUGCUUACUUGAGUUCGAACAUGCUAUAUAAAGCAAGUUUUGAUAAUUUCUCUAAUGUCACUGGAAUUCAACAAUUAUUAUACAUACCAAAGGCAAACAA